AUCAGCUGGUCUGCGCUCCCCUGACGUGGGCCGGGGCACGUCACCGCCGAAUGGCAGCCUCCAGAAAGUCACCGCGAGUAAGGUGAUAAGAGUUGUAGGCUGACAGUCCCAGCAGAAACACUUCUCUUCCCAUGGUCGGACUAGAAGUCCCAGGUCUCAUUCUCACUGGACUGACUUGAUUCUUCUGUCUGUCCCUGAACCAAUCAUGACCAGAGGACUGGAUUGACCAGGCCUGGGUGUCAGAACCUGGAGACAUCGUCACCUGAACAGUGGAGCUUUUGGGUCCUAUAGAUGCUAGGACAAGUCACCAGGAUUUUCACCUGAGAAAUUUAAGAAUAAUUGAACCUAACGAGGUGACACCCUCAGGAGACACAGGUGUGGAAACAGACAGAAGAAUGGCUCCAAAGGUGACUUCAGAGCUACUUCGGCAGCUGAGACAAGCUAUGAGGAACUCUGAGUACGUGACAGAACCAAUCCAGGCCUACAUCAUCCCAUCGGGCGAUGCUCACCAGAGCGAGUACAUUGCUCCCUGUGACUGCCGGCGUGCCUUUGUCUCUGGAUUUGAUGGCUCUGCGGGCACGGCCAUCAUCACAGAAGAGCAUGCAGCCAUGUGGACUGAUGGGCGCUAUUUUCUCCAGGCAGCCAAGCAGAUGGACAGCAACUGGACACUCAUGAAAAUGGGUCUGAAGGACACACCAACUCAGGAAGACUGGCUGGUGAGUGUGCUUCCGGAAGGAUCCAGGGUGGGUGUGGACCCACUGAUCAUUCCUACAGAUUACUGGAAGAAGAUGGCCAAGGUCCUGCGAAGUGCCGGCCACCACCUGGUUCCUGUGAAGGACAACCUUGUUGACAAAAUCUGGACGGAUCGUCCCGAGCGGCCCUGUAGGCCCCUCCUCACACUGGGCCUGGAUUAUACAGGCAUCUCCUGGAAGGAGAAGGUUGCAGACCUCCGAUUGAAAAUGGCUGAGAGGAACAUCGUGUGGUUUGUGGUCACGGCUCUAGAUGAGAUUGCAUGGCUAUUCAAUCUUCGAGGAUCAGACGUGGAGCACAACCCGGUAUUUUUUUCCUAUGCAAUCAUAGGACUAGAGACAAUCAUGCUCUUCAUUGAUGGGGACCGCAUAGAUGCCCCCAGUGUGAAAGAGCACCUGCUCCUUGACUUGGGUCUGGAGGCCGAAUACAGAAUCCAGGUGCUUCCUUAUAAGUCGAUCCUGAGUGAGCUCAAGACCCUGUGUGCUGACCUUUCCCUGCGGGAGAAAGUAUGGGUCAGUGACAAGGCCAGCUAUGCUGUGAGUGAGGCCAUCCCCAAGGAUCAUCGCUGCUGUAUGCCUUACACCCCCAUCUGCAUUGCCAAAGCUGUGAAGAAUACAGCCGAGUCAGAAGGCAUGAGACGGGCUCACAUUAAAGAUGCUGUUGCCCUCUGUGAACUCUUUAACUGGUUGGAGAAAGAGGUUCCCAAAGGUGGUGUGACAGAGAUCUCAGCUGCUGACAAAGCUGAGGAGUUCCGCAGGCAACAGGCUGACUUUGUGGACCUGAGUUUCCCAACGAUUUCCAGUACGGGACCCAACGGCGCCAUCAUUCACUACGCGCCGGUCCCAGAGACGAAUAGGACCUUGUCCCUGGAUGAAGUGUACCUCAUCGACUCAGGUGCUCAGUACAAGGAUGGAACCACAGAUGUAACCCGCACCAUGCAUUUUGGGACCCCCACAGCCUAUGAGAAGGAAUGCUUCACAUAUGUCCUCAAGGGCCACAUAGCUGUAAGUGCAGCCAUUUUCCCGACUGGAACCAAGGGCCACCUUCUAGACUCCUUUGCCCGUUCAGCUUUAUGGGAUUCUGGCCUGGAUUAUCUGCAUGGAACAGGACAUGGCGUUGGGUCUUUUUUGAAUGUUCAUGAGGGUCCUUGUGGCAUCAGUUAUAAAACAUUCUCCGAUGAGCCGUUGGAGGCAGGCAUGAUUGUCACUGAUGAGCCAGGGUAUUAUGAAGAUGGGGCUUUUGGAAUCCGCAUUGAGAAUGUCGUCCUGGUGGUUCCCAUGAAGACCAAGUAUAAUUUCAAUAACCGGGGAAGCCUGACCUUUGAACCUUUAACUUUGGUUCCAAUCCAGACCAAAAUGAUAGAUGUGGAUUCUCUUACAGACAAAGAGUGCGACUGGCUCAACACUUACCACCAGACUUGCAGGGAUGUGAUCGGGAAGGAACUCCAGAAACAGGGCCGCCAGGAAGCUCUUGAGUGGCUCAUCAGAGAGACGCAGCCCAUCUCCAAACAGCGUUGAUACCUCUCUGGUUUUGUUUUUGUAAAAUACUUUGGGGAAAGGAAGAAACAUGGCAGACCUCUGACAUCUUUCUCCUUUCUUCUUCUUCCCUAAUUCCCCUUUUUACUUUUAGACUUUGAGAAGAACUAAAAAUCUUCUUAUCCUCUUUGAUAUUUUCUUGCAAAUGCUCAGUCUUUUAUGAUUUUUUAAUUGUUGAGAAUGAGCCAGGAAUAAAAUUGCUACACCAGGAGGGUCCCACAAAGCUGAACACUCAGUGACAGAGAGGCACCCUAAGCUCUCUAGCCAGUGAUGGUGAAUCAAUGAGUGCUCCAUGACAGUCAUGUUCCAGGUGCUAGUACAUCAUUCAUGUUCACCUUGAUGUUCAUGAGACUAUAUUUAUGAUCAAUGAAUAAAAAUGUCAAAACUCUG